UGUAUCUAGUAAGUUCACCUGCUCCAAAAUCGGUCGCACAAAGCUGAAAUGUAGCUAAAGGAAGCCAACUGAAGAUACAUGUUUUCGCAUGAAACGUCAUCGAAUCGUUUGCCUUAGUUGUUACCUCGUUCUGCAGAAAAAAAAAGAAAGACGCAAGUUAAUACCCAUCCGCUCCCCAUCAGGUGUGACCAUGGGGCUCUGUGAUGGCUUGUCCCACUGUAAACUGGCCCUGGCCUUUGCAGUGCUGAUGGACUUGCUGGGUGGCACCGCCUUGCUGGUGGGAGUCUUUGUCCCUCUGAAUAUCAAAGGCAGGGACUUUGGGGACCUCCUGGUGUACACAGGAGCACUGUUCGUGCUCAUGUCCCUGGGGGGCUGGGUGCUGUGGUACAGCGGAAACAUUGAUGGCCUCGUCUCCAGCAAAGAGCUUGGCCACAUCGGCACCACCGUGGACCGGCUGGCCCGCACCCUCAGCCGCAAGAUGCAUAUCCAUCGCCACAGGGGGCCUUAGGGCUGUGGCAACUGGCCACAAAAGCAGGCUUUCCAUCUACACAUUGGUGGGUGGAUGCCAGACAUGUAUUGGAUCAAUCACCCCCAAUCUCCCCUCACAUUGAACAACUUCUAUAGUUCUUGUGCUAGUGCAUUAUUUUACAUUUUAUUCUGAGACUUGUAUCCAGCAGUAUUAAUGUGUGAUGGGUAAUUAGCACUGUUUAAUGCCAAGCAGUUGAAAUGCACUCACCUAGCAUGUUAUGUCCCCUGUAUAUUACAAACUAUUCAUGUCCAAAGUUUUUAAAACAUUUUUUUUAUUAAAAAGAAUAAUGCAUUUGCUCAUAUGUUACAUCUGGCGUAGUGGAUGUGAUUUAACAUUUCUCGUGUGGUGUGAUUUCAUUUAGAAAAAUGGCCUUACACUCAAUCAUUUUCAUUUAGUUAUUUUGCUAAUAAAUGUUUCCUUGUGAACUUC